AGAAAGCGUAUAAAGAGGCGCCAGGAGCCACGUGACUCUCUCUCGUCUCUCUCCCAUCUUCUAUAGUCGCCGCCAUCAUGGACACAGGCCGCGUGCAGCCUAUCAAGCUGGCUCGGGUCACCAAGGUACUGGGCAGGACCGGUUCUCAAGGCCAGUGCACGCAGGUGCGCGUGGAGUUCAUGGACGACACGAGCCGCUCCAUCAUCCGCAACGUGAAGGGCCCCGUGCGGGAGGGGGACGUGCUGACCCUGCUGGAGUCAGAGCGUGAGGCCAGGAGGCUGCGGUGAGGCCGCCCGGUGGAGGUCGCUGGUCAUAGGAGAACGGCUGAGGAUGUGUAAAAUAAAGUGUUUUGUCUAA